AUGGGUGGCAUUGGCAAAACUACUCUUGCGCAGAACGUAUUUUACGAUACCAUUGUCCAAGAACACUCUGCCUUGAAAGCAUGGGUAACUGUAUCCGAUGAUUUUGAUGUUGUCAAAAUAAUAAAGAUUAUUUUGGAGAAGAUCACAGGAAAAAGAUGCGCAACAAAUGAGCAACAUCAACUUCAAAAAGACUUGAAGGAUUCUUUGGCAGGGAAGAAAUUUCUUUUUGUUCACGAUGAUGUGUGGAACGAAAAAUACGAGUUGUGGGAUCUUUUGAAAAGCUCUUUUCAAUCUGGCGCACAAGGAAGCAAGAUUAUUGCCACCACACGUAAUGGAGAUGUCGCGUUGCAGAUGAAGACGAGGAAUGUUCAAACUUAUGAGCUUAAAAACAUGUCUGAUGAUGAAUGUUGGAAGUUAUUUGUAGAUCAUGCCUUUGAUAAUGUAGGCUCUAAUAAAAUGGUAUUGUCUGAGUUGCAAGAAAUUGGAAGACAAAUUGUUAAGAAGUGCAAGGACCUUCCUUUGGCUGUAAAAUCGAUGGCUGGUCUUUUACGAUCUACUUCAACUCUUGACGAGUGGAGGCAUGUACUGCAAAGUGACGUGUGGGAGUUACCCAACUGUCGCGAUAUCGGAAUUGUUCCAGCAUUGUGGUUGAGCUACCGAUUUCUGCCUCCUUACUUAAAGCCAUGUUUUUCUUAUCUUUCAAUAUUUCCCAAAGAUUAUGAAUUUGGUGAUGAUGAUAGAGAAAAACUAAUAUUAAUAUGGAUGGCAGAAGGUCUUUUGAAAUCUCAACCUAGAAAAAGAAUUGAAGAUGUUGGAGAAAAGUACUUGAAGGCUUUAAUAGCAAGAUCAUUUUUUCAAAGAAACACAAGGAAUCGUUCUCUUUCUAUGCACGAUCUUAUGCAUGAUCUAGCUAUGUAUGUAUCAGGUCGGUGUUGUUUUAUGUAUGAUAGUUGUAAAGACUUGCACAAACUUAGUAGCAAGACUCACUAUCUAUCAUACAUGAAAGACUUAAAAGAUACAAUAGAAUUUGAUAAUUUACCUAGAGUGAAGUAUUUGCGUAGCUUGUUGGCUUUACCAUUAUCAAAUAUAUAUUCACUCUCUGAUGCAAGAUUAACACUUCAAAUGGUGGUAAGAGAUGGAGAAUGCUUAAGAGCACUUUCUUUAUCUGAGUCUAAUAUCACAAAAUUGCCUUCUUCGAUUGAGAAUUUAAAGUAUCUCAUGUAUUUGGAUAUAUCUAGUACAAACAUUGAAGAAUUACCAGUUUCAAUUUGUGUGUUGUACAAUUUGGAAACACUGGUAUUGUCACAUUGUGGAAAACUCACACAGUUGCCUACCAACAUUUCUAGGCUAAUCAACCUGUGUCAUCUUAUGAUAAGAGGAACAAGUUUAAAGGAGAUGUCGCCCAGGAUUUUCUAA